AUGAUCCCAUUUGACAAAAUGCUGCCCCGCGUGAGCGUCGUGUACACCAGGGAGAGCAGCGUCUCGUUGGAGGAGACGCAACUGGCGCAGUAUGUCGCACUGUGCGUAGCUGCUAGUGGACGCUCUGCCAAGACGUACCUCGUGGGUAUACGGACAGAAGAGGAGCAACUUGCUUCCAGGCCGUUUGACACGACCGCGUCUGGAGCGAUGGCGCUGCGCUGCGAUGGCGCGCUACUUUACAGUCGUCAGCUGCCAGUCGAGACGUACGAGGAGACGGACGAUUGGAUGAAAUUAGAAACCUGUGACUUGUGGCUCCUGAUGCUCGAGAAGGACGUGACGCUUUCUGUCGCCGAGAUGCUGCACAAGAAACUUGGGCGACAGGACCAGGAUCGACCAAAGCGCGUGGUGUGGAGUCUGCAGACCACUCUGCGGCGUCUUGCACCACUGAACGCAGCAUUGCCGGAAGCUAUUGUGCUGCAUGGUGGAGCUGCUUUUCAGGUCGUAAAGGACGAAAAAGGCGUGCUGAGACCACUGUCUAAUGGAUGUUUUUUUGUUGAGCGGCUAUCGAAAGAAAAGAGCUGUGCGCUUUAUGCACUUGAUGUGCUGGAAGGGACGGGAAUUCAAGUGCUUAGCCGGGGAAACGUGCAAGCAAUCAAGUGGGGGUGCACGAUGCUGCGGGUUUUUUACUAUAUCAACGCGCUGACGGGAAAGAGCGUUCUUGAAGGACUUUGUGAUCGGAAAGCACGAUUACUUUUUCUCCAGGCACUAAUGGAAAUGGAUGCUUUAUUUCGCGCUGUGCAGACAAGCGUCGCUGCUGCAAAUAAUAAGCUCGGAUGUAAGAGCAGGGAUUCUGAACCGGAUACGGGUGCUGCCACACUGUUUCCAGUGCGAUCAUUGAUGGUGCUGCUUCCCCUUCCCAAUUGGAUCUUUAAUCGUUUUGUUCUACGAGUGUUUGAUCUUGGUCUCGUGGUACAGUCGUGUACAGCCACAUCCGUUGUCGUGACCGAUUUGGCUUCAAGGCCACCGUUGCAAACGAAUUUUGAGACUGAAUUCAGGGAUGUUUUUGAACUGGCGACCGGUCGUGACGUGGUCUUACCAGCUUUGGAAAUGAUAAAGAAGAAAUUUGUUUCCAUCAGAAAGCAGCAGGAGCUGGAGCAGAAGGACGGUGUCACUAGUAAAACGGCAGUGUGUAUUGAUAGCGCCGCUUUGCUUGCGGAAGUAAAGUUGUCUCCUGGUUGUACCUCGGCGUCGCGCACCUUUUUCCUGAAAGCGUUUGCUACGUUCGUGCUCACGUUGCUGCUGGGACUCUGCCUUUUUGUUAGGUAA